UUGCUGCUAGAGCGGACGGUGGUGUGAGAUUGUGAGCUGGUUGACAACUCAUCUGUUCUUCUUCAUGGAUGUCCUGUCUAUCUAAGAAUUCAUUUUGAGCAACUUCUGAAGCUUUAAGAAACAACUAAAGCCGAUUUGGGCAUUGAACGCCAUGGCUACGAUAACGUGUCGAGUCCAGUACCUGGAGGAUACGGAUCCAUUUGUUUGCACAAACUUUCCUGAGCCGCGAAGACCUCCGCCACACGACUUUUAUGAAAAUCUUCCACUUAGUGAACAAAUAGCCGGAGUUCACAAACUGCUAGAGGCACCACUGAAGCUGGAGGAGUGUGCGUUGCAGGUGGCUCCCAAUGGAAACUACCUGGACCUGGAGUCAUCCCUGGUCGAGCAGAAGGAAUACCUAGAGCACUUCUUUGAGGACAUAGAGAAGGGAAAAAAGCCCAUCUUGAUUCUGCGCACUCAGCUCUCCGUGAGAGUCCACUCCAUCCUUGAGAAGCUGUACAACUCCCAUGGCCCUGAGCUGCGGCGAUCCCUCUUCUCCUUAAAGCAGCUCUUCCAGGAUGACAAAGAUCUCGUUCCAGAGUUUGUGAAUUCUGACGGCCUCACCUGCUUCAUCAAAGUAGGGGCAGAGGCUGACCACAACUACCAGAACUACAUCCUUCGAGCGCUGAGCCAGAUCAUGCUGUUUGUGGACGGGAUGAACGGCGUCAUCAACCACAAUGAGACCGUGCAGUGGCUCUACACCCUCAGCGGCAGCCUGUCUCGUCUGGUGGUGAAGACCGCUCUGAAGCUGCUUAUCGUGUUCGUGGAGUACACAGAGUCCAACAGCCCACGGCUCAUUCAGGCUGUCAACACUGUGGAUGCCAAACGAGGAGUGAAGCCAUGGACGUAUCUUGUGGACAUCCUGGAGGAGAAGAACGGCUCAGACUCCGAGCUACUGGUGUUCACCAUGUCACUGAUCAAUAAGACUCUGUCGGCGCUGCCAGAUCAGGACUCCUUCUACGACGUGACGGACAACCUGGAGCAGCAGGGCAUGGAGGCCAUCAUGCACAAGCACAUGAGCACCAAGGGCACCGAGCCUGACCUCAAGCACCAGUUCACCAUAUAUGAGAAUGCCCUGAAGUACGAGGACGGGGAAAUUGAGGAGCCGUCGGCCCACAUCCGCAAGGAGCGCCGCAAGGGUGCGAGCGGAGAUCAGCCCGGCGAGGGCAGGAGGAGCCGGCGUUCCUCGGGCAGCCUCCACGACUUGCCCCUCUCCUCCUCCCCCGUCCCCUCCGCCUCCCCCACCACCUCUUCCUCUUCCUCUGCCUCCCCCAGCCGCACCACUUCCCCCUUGCCCCCUGACACUUCCGGCAGCCCCCUGCCUCCCUCCACACCCACCUCCAACAGCAGCUCCCAGAGGUCCUCUCCAGUGCCCCCUCCGCUGGCCACCAACGGCACUACAGGAGCUAGUCAUCAAGAGCAGGAGCAGAGCAGAGCUUCGCCCACUCCAGGGCGCUCUUUCGUCAGUCAGUACAUGUCGUCUAUGGGGAUUUCUAGACGCUCACGGUUGUUUAACAACAAGGCCAACUCGAUAUCAGAGGAGCCGCCAGCAGCCUCCAACAGAUCUGAAGAGGGGUCUGAAGCAACAACCAUGGAGGACUUUGAUCCCUCUGGAUUCGAAGCUGUCGAGUCUCCUACAGACCCGGCUCCGCAGGAGAACCAUUCCCAGACGACCACAGAGCAGCCAGUCAAGACCGAGAGCAGGAACGUCUUCAAACUGCACCAAGUCGGCAGUGUUUGCCCAGCGGACGUCGAGGUGCCAAAGGGCCGUAAGGUCUUUCAGAACUACGAAGACACCUUCCUGAGGAGCCUGGCUGCCACACACCGUGACCGUGAGCGUAAGCGGCGCUCCCUGCAGGCCAAGGAGCAGCGGAGGGCCUCCAGGGAGCUGAGCACCACCCCCCCGGCCGACAGCGACGCGUGCUCCCCCACCGAACCCUGCACCCCAACCUCACCCACCGAAGGGACGUCAGGGUCUGGUGAAGCGGAUCCCCUGGUGGCAGGGGUGACGGCCGCCGCAGCCUCCCCCAUCCCCAUCCCCAUCCCCACGCCCACGCCCACGCCCAGCACCCUGGAGCAGGCAGCAGACGCCCAGGCCAGCCGUCAUGAAGCAGGCAAGACACAGCACAUUCCAUCGCAUCACAUCACAUUACAUCACAUAUAUACAGUACUUUUACCUGUCCUACUCACUGUUUCACACAGUCACGCGAUUUCUCUCACACACUCUUUUGUCUCAUGUUCCCUCUCGUGCUCUCUCCCUCAUACACACACACACACACACUUUUUGUCUCUCUCUCACACAUUUUCUGUUUCUCUCAGACUUCCUCUGUGUCUCGUUCUCUCUUCUCACUCUGUCCCUCUCUUCAAAUAUCUUACUGGUUUUGGUGUGUGCUUUCUCUCACUUGCUUGCCAGCUCAUUGUGCCCGUGACUGGUGGCGUGGUGCAGCGGCAGGGCAGCGUUGCGGAGCAGAAAGACACCCUCUCCAGCGACCGCAAGUUCAUGCUGGACAUGCUCUACAGCAAGAACAACAGCAGCAGCAGUGGCGGCGGCGGCGGCGGCGGCGGCGGCGGAGGGGGUGGCGGUGGAGGUGGGGGGUCGCUGAAGAGCCCCGGCCUGGGAGAGGGCACGGACAUGGAGGCCGGUCUGGAACACAUGGGCAUCGCCAGCCUGGCAGGCCGCCUCUCCAGCCUGCAAGCCAGGUCCAGCCAGCCAGGUCCCGCCGAGGACCCCACGCGCCGGGCCGAGCUGGAGGGCCUGGGUGGCACGGCGCAGGCGGCGCGCGCCAGGCUGGCAGAGGAGGCUCAGCACCGCAGGGUGCGGCCGCAGUACAGCAUCGACGCCGAGACGCACGCGCGCAGCCUGGAGAAGACCCAGAUGACGCCGCUGGCUCGCGACGCCCAGGACGCCUGGGACCAGCUGCAGCCCAGCUCCCGAGCCCUGCGCAUCAAAGACCUGGACUUCUCCGACCUCAAGGAGGAGGAGGACAUCGACGUGCUGGAUAUGGACGCCUUCGACUCGGGGAGCACGACCAACGGGAUCCCCCCUCCACCGCCGUCCAUGCCGGGCCUGGGGGCCUUACCUCCACCACCUCCUCCUCCCCCUCCGCCCGGUGGUGCUCCUCCUGGCAUGGCACCUCCUCCUCCUCCGCCUCCACCUCCUCCAGCUCCUGGUGGUGGUGGUCCCCCUCCCCCACCCCCUCCUCCCCCAGGCAUGCCUCCACCUCCUCCAGGCCCGAUGCUGCUGGGUGUGGAUCCGGUCUUCGCCAAGAAGCGGAAGACGGUGAAGCUGUUCUGGAAGGAACUGAAGCAGCCCGACAGCCCCAGGAAGUGCCGCUUCGGCUCGGGCACCGUGUGGGCGUCGCUCGACAAGGUCUCCGUGGAUACGGCCAAGCUGGAGCACCUGUUCGAGUCCAAGGCCAAGGAGCUCCCCGUCGCCAAGAAAGGUCCUGAGACCAAGAGGUCUGAAAUCCUGGUUCUGGAUUCGAAGAGGAGCAAUGCCAUCAACAUCGGCAUGACUGUCCUUCCUGCUGUCCAUGUCAUCAAAACGGCCAUCCUCAACUUUGACGAGUUUGCCAUCAGCAAAGAGGGGAUUGAGAAAAUCCUGACAAUGACUCCGACGGAGGAGGAGAAGCAGAAGAUCCAGGAGGCGCAGCUGGCCAACCCUGACGUGCCCCUGGGGACUGCCGAGCAGUUCCUGCUCACGCUCUCCUCCAUCAGCGGCCUCACUGCACGCCUACAGCUCUGGGCCUUCAAGCUCAACUACGAGACCCUGGAGAAGGAGAUUGCGGAGCCGCUGUUUGACCUGAAGCUGGGCAUGGAGCAGCUGGCCAAGAACAAGACCUUCAAGCGUAUCCUGGCAACACUGCUAGCCAUCGGCAACUUCCUCAACAGCUCCAGCGCGAAGGGUUUUGACCUGAACUACCUGGAGAAGGUGACUGAGGUGAAGGACACGGUGCACAGGCAGACCCUCCUGCACCACACCUGCAGCUUCGUGGUGGAGAACUUCCCCGACACGUCAGACGUCUACUCCGAGAUCCCCGCCAUCACACGUUCCGCCAAAGUGGAGUUCGAGCAGCUGUCGGACAACCUGAUGCAGCUGGAGAGGAAGUGUAAGAACUCGUGGGACAACCUGAAGGUGGUGGCCAAGCACGAGACCAAGCCGCUGCUGAAGAACAAGAUGACAGAGUUCCUGAAGGACUGCACUGAGCGCAUCAUCAUCCUCAAGGUGGUGCACAGACGCAUCAUAAACAGGUUCCAUUCAUUCUUGCUGUAUCUGGGCCAGCCGUCUUACUCGGUGCGGGACACAAAGGUCACGCAGUUCUGCAAGAUUAUCAGUGAGUUCUCUCUGGAGUACCGCACCACCAGGGAGAGGGUUCUGACCCAGAAACGCAAGCGGGCCGCCCACCGGGAACGCACAAAGACCCGCGGGAAGAUGAUUACAGAGACUGAGAAGUUCUCCGGAGCAGUGUCACCGCAGCCUCAUGACAGCGUUUCCCCGGUCUCCACGACAACCGAUCCUGAGCCUGCUGAGGAGGAGCAUGAGAACAUGAAGAACCUGCUCAUCGCCGGCAACGACAACAGCAAGCUGAGGAGAUCACGCGCCGUCAAAAGCCUAGGAAGGGUCAGUCCAUGCCCGAUGUCUGUAGCCAAAGACGACAGUGGAGGCUCCCAGGAUGACGCUACAGAUGAGAUCAUGGAUCGUUUGGUUAAGUCUGUCACCCAGAAUCCCACAGAAAGAGCAUCCAGUCCCAAGACACGAAAACGCUCUCGUCUCAACCGCAAAUCAUUGCGGAGGACACUCAAAAGCGGCCUCAGUGUUGACGUGGUGCAGGCGCUUGGACUCAACAAGGGCAACGACAAGGUCUGAAGAAGAAGAAGAAGAAGAAGAAGAAGAAGAAGAAGAAGAAAGAGAAGAAGAAGAAGAAGAAGGACAUUUUAUUGUAUUAUUCCUCUAUGAAGUACAAGUAAAAGACCGCUCAAAAAAGGAUUCAGAACUACAGUACGUAUAUCUGAAAACUGACCAGAAGACCCUGGUUGCAUGAGACCUAGAGUAUAAAGGCCCAAAGUGAGUGGUGGCCCCUCAGAGACGGUGCGAAGUGACAUGGGCCCAUUGGAUGUAAGCAGAGUCUUCACUUCAAGUGGCAUGGACAAUCCUCCCAAGUUCAAGGACUGAAACAUAUCAAACAACACCUUUUAGGAUGGUGUCCCGUCCUAACACACAACAGCAGGGAUAGGUGGACUGCCCUGUUAUUAUUCAGUGGAAUUAAAGUAUUAUUUUUUAACCACCUACAAAUGUAGAUGUUUGAUGUAGCAUAUUUUACAGCCAUGGUGUAAGUUUUUACAAUGGGUAUUUUGUACAUAUUUGAAUGACCUGUUAAUAUAAAAGAUGAGCCUGUCGAUAAUGUAUUUUUUGAAAUGAUGAAUUGAGCAGCACACUUGUUAGGGAAUCUAUAUUAUUAUGUUUAUUGUUUGUAAUAUUUUUCACAUAGUAUGUCAAAGUGUUUGUGAAAGGGAUUUUGAAAGACUGGCGAAGACUUAUUAUGUGUCAUGGAGAGCUGAGGGCAACAUCAUGUAUCUUACACUUUUAGGCAAAGGAGUGCACCAAACUAUUAAACAAGCCGUAUCUCAAGGACACCUUGCCAGAAGGCAAAUACAGGUCAUUUGUGAUGUGUGUUUAGCUGGACCUGAAACAGUGUUGAAAUGUUUCAUGAUUUUUAAUGCAUUGUCCUGCAUUGUGGUCAUUGAGCAGUGUAGUGUGGAACGCCAGCUCAACACUGAUAAUGUUCUCUGUGACAAUGAUCAAAGUGUUGCAAUGCAAGGAGGAUCAGACAUCAAAUGGUAUCAUCUUUUAUGCCAUGUGGAUGAUCACACCCGGCUAUGGAUGUUGUUUUGUGGAUCUGCUGUUACUAUGUCCAGAGGUGUUUAGGCUCACCGUACAUUAGGAUAUGUUCUGUUUUAAGACAUGCCCAACCUCACAGGUUAAUAUUUACACGAUCUUGGCUGUCAUGAAGCGUUUCAAUCAUGUUUUUUCUUCCUUUGAAACAACUUCAUCAAUGCUGUUUUUUGCACAAGUGGUUGUAGGCCUACUGUUUUGGAAGGUUCUUGGUGGUAUUGAUAAUUAUUGCAAUGAUGCAUUCAUUCAAGGUUUAUUCUCAAGUUUGUUGAUACUAGAUAUGUGAAUAAUGCAUGUUUACAUUGAAUGUAUGAGUAGAAAUGGAAUAUAUAUGUCUUCUUUUGAUUAGGCACAUAUUUUACCCAGAGAAACAUUUUAGGCUGUAGCUUGUGUUAUUUCUUGCCACGAUAACCCAGUCCUUGUCACUUUGAUACACUACGCCUGCUUGUUUCUAUAGGCCUACACAAAAUGCAUUUUUAAGCUUUGUUUUGUUUCUCAGAAGAUGAUGUUUUAUGAUAAUAAAAGGACCCUAAUCCAUGAAUAAAUGUCUGACGUGUC